ACAUCGGAUUGCAGCUAGACUGGGUGGGGAGUCCCGAACAUCGGUCAAAGGGCGCAGCGAGGCGCUGGCUGGCACUUUCCCACGGUCUUCAACUGCUUGACAAGGAAAGAAUAACACGCGAUAACAGUCUUCAAAUACCCAGGAAGACAGCAGCCGACUUGUGUGGUAAUGGCGGAGGCACCUGAGUUGUUGAGUGGGGAUCUGCUGAGUGGUGGACAGGAAUACAGUGUACACCUGUCACCUGACGGCCUACGCUGGCAGCUGACCAAUCAGAAGAAGGAACCCACAGAGGUCAGCCUCCCGUGGAGUGACAUCUACGGCCUGGGAACAGAUGGCCUGGGGGAGACAACUCAGGUGAAUGGUGAGGGCAAGAGCUUCACCAUCCACUUUAUAUCCCGCAGAAAGGAUAUGAAGUGGAGAGCAGCUGAGAAGAAGUUUGAUGUGAAGGAAGGUGACGUCAGUGCAUGGGUUGUCCAGAUACAAGCCAAGUAUCGACCAGCGACCCCUAAAAGCCUGCUUGUGAUAGUGAACCCAAUCGGGGGCAAGGGUCAAGGUCGACAGAUCUAUGAGGAGAAGGUGGCUGGCUUCUUCAAGACGGCAGGGAUUGAUACUCAUGUUUUCAUAACAGAGAGGGCAAAACAUACAGAGGAAAUCAUAAAUAACUUUGACUUCUCUAAAGUGGAAGGCAUCGUGACAGUGGGAGGAGACGGGAUGUACCAGGAGGCACUCAACACGCUCAUCCAACGGAACCAGAAAGAGGCUGGCAUCGACGUCAAUAAUCCAGAGUCUGUCCUCAAGCCGUUAGAUAUCAAGUUUGGCAUCAUUCCAGCAGGCACUGGCAAUGGACUUUGUGGUAUGGCAACAGGCGUGAUAGACAUAGAGACAGCAAUAUUACAUGUUAUCAGAGGGGAGACAACUGGUUUCAAUAUAUUUGGUAUCUACGAGCCCGGCAAGUUGCUGUCUUACAGUGGCCUACUGUUUGCUCACGGCUUCACUUCUGCAGUGAUUAAGAAGACGGAGGAGAAAAGAUGGAUGAAAACUUUCCGAUAUCCAUAUGUGAUAUUGACUCAUUCGUUCAGCAAGAAGUCAGUUUAUGAACCAGAAAUCCAUGUGAUGGAAAAGACAGUUGGAGAUGACAGCCAAGAAAAAGCUGAUUCAGAAGGAGCAGCUGCCUCCCUCCCUGAGAAAGGCUGGCGGAGACUGGAAGCCAUGGAGUAUAUGGACAUGAUGAUGUUUAUAUGCAAAUUAGACACUACUCAAGACAAGAUGGUGAUGCGCCCUUCUGCGGACAGUUUUACGGUUUUCUUGACCAAACAUUGUGGAGGCUGGGCCCAUCUGAAAUUCAUGUUUGGAUUAAUGACACGAGAUAGUAGUGCGCUGAAGGUCCCCCAGUUGGUAGUACACCAGAAUCUGACAGCAAUAAAGGUCAAGUUCAACAUCGACGAGAACCCAUCACUCUCCGAGAAAGAGAAGAUGGUUGGACGUCUGCUCAACAUUGAUGGGGAGUUGUACAGGGUUGAAUCUGGAGAAGUUGACAUUCGUUUGAUACCGAGGUAUGUGCCGUUGUAUUCGACCGAUGUUGAUGUAUACACAGCAUUGCCAGAAGAGAGUCACAGAGAGCAGCCACAGACCUAGAGAGUGCUUGGGGGGCACAGGAAUCUGAAGCCAAACAGGGGGCACGGGUGACCCAGUCGUCUAAGGCGCCACGAUUCGCUGUGCAGAGUUGUGUCCCCUGGGCAAGCAAGAAACCUAUGAUUGUGGGUUCGAAUCCCGGUUCGCCCCGAUAAUGUUUCUA